UUGGAAAAAUGUCAAAGUGACAGCGUUUGAGCGGCGAAGGUUUCCAAACCAAAAAAAAUAUUGUAUAUUGUGGCGUUAAAAUUAUGAUACGUUAAAAAUUCCAGUUGUUUAAUAUAUAAUAGAUGUUUAAAUUAUUAUGGCGAAUCAUUAUGAAGUGCCCAGUUGGGCUGGUAAACCUCCAACAGGUUUGCACUUGGAUGUAUUAAAAGGUGAUAAAUUAAUACAAAAAUUAAUGAUAGAUGAGAAGAAAUGUUAUUUAUUUGGACGUAAUCCACAAAUGAAUGACUUUUGUAUUGAUCAUGCGAGUUGUUCAAGAGUUCAUGCAGCAUUUGUUUAUCAUAAAGACUUAAAUCGAGCUUUCCUCGUUGACUUAGGAAGCACUCACGGUACAUUUAUUGGUAAAAUGAGAUUAGAAGCCAACAAGCCCACACAGCUGCCUAUCGACUCUAACUUCCAUUUUGGUGCUUCUACUAGAAAUUAUAUUAUAAGAGAACGUCCUACUGGUAACUCGCGGGGUAUAAUGGAAGAUUUGCCAAACACUGAAACGGAAGGGGCUCUGUUAGGAUUGCCUGAAACACAGACGGAGUUAGAUAAUUUAACAGAGUUCAACACGGCGCACAAUCGCAGGAUAUCCAUGUUGGGUAUAUCCACCGAGGAUGGUACUGAUGUUAUGAAGCCUGCUGCUGGCACGAAGCGGUCAUUAUCAAUGCCGGUGGGUGUGGCCAAGAAGCAGAAGCGCAACGUGUCCUUCAAUGAGGAGGUGGACAUCAUCAACCCUGAGGAUAUCGACCCCAGCGUGGGCCGCUUCCGUAACCUGGUGCGAUCCACCAUUGUGCCAAAUGCCAACGCUGGGACCAGGAAGUUGAAGCUGCAUGCUGCUGAAGACAAUCAUCACCACCAUUCGUUGAGGCUGCAAGAGAUAUCUCGAGGUAACAAUCUGUACUCUGACCUGCCGGCGCCCAGCUCACAUCUCAGUCUUAUUGGUGCAAGAUUGGGCCUGUCACUACCCAACCCCGCACCAGAUGUCGAGCUGGAGGGUCCUGAGCCUCAUCUCAGUAUACAUCCACCUCUACCUCACACCGCUCCCGAAGAAGCGGGACCUUCCAGCGAACCUAAAAAGAAGAAAUACGCGAAGGAGGCGUGGCCGGGGAGAAAACCUGGCCUCAUAUCUGGCGUAUAGCCCCGCCCCCGGCCGCGGCAGGCCCCG